AACAGUUAGAGCACAGGAUUUGAUCCAAUUAGAACCAUAUAAUGUACAUGCAUUUUAUUAUGUCUUAGAUGAAUGCUUAAAGUUCUAAAAACAUGCAUUAAAGUUCUAAACUGCAGCUAUAAAAUGUUGAUAACUGUCCACAUAAGCAGCCUCUUCCUAAUCAAGUCAGCAAAUGCGUCAACUUUUUUGCAAUAUAUUCCACAAUGUGCCAUCAGAUAUUCCAUCCAGCUUUUGUAUUUGGAUGCAUUUAAGUGGUUGACCUAUGUCCUUCUCUGCAGCCGAGGCCUCCCGUUCCUGUGCCAAGGACGCAGUUUUACCGUCCGGUUAAAACGGAGGACGACAAGCCGGUAAAAUGUAGCCCCACUCCUCAGUCACCCUCGAAAACUCCAGAGAGUGGUUUGGGUCGCUCAGCUCCGCCACCGGUGCUACCAAAGAAGAUGAUUGUUAGAAAGAGAACGGGAGGAAGUGAAACUGACAUAGUGGAAAUAGUAAAGACGGUGGUCAAACAACCAUCUAAAGCUGACUGUAAGGAACAACCUCGUUUGCCGCCUGUGGAGCCGUCGAAACAGGAGCUUGAACAUGACUAUGUAACCCUGGAUGCCAUCUCCCUCUCCAUUUGUGACAAUGAAUACACACCCUGGAAUACUCUGGUCAAAGACCUCAAAUGUAAAUGGGCGAAAGAUGCACAUCUGGGCCAAGUGGUGGAUCAACAGACGAACAACGCCAGGAGUCCUGUUGCCCAGAAAAUUAUGGUUAAAGCUGAGCAGCUCUCUGACGCUAUCCAGGUUUACAUCAAGAAGAUGUCUGAACGUGAUGAAACCCUGAAACAACACAUUUACGAGCUGCGCUGCGUUGCUGACAACUUAGACAAGGUUUCAAAGGGGACAAAGAUUGCUGGAAUUACAGGAGGAGCUACAACUGUGGCAGGAGGUGUGGCAGCAGCUGCUGGUGUGAUUCUGUCUCCGUUCACUCUGGGAGCCUCACUGGCACUGACUGCAGUCGGAGUCGGUGUGGCUGCAGCCGGCGGCGUCACUGGUGCAUCAGCAGCCAUCGCAAACAAGGUGAACGUGACACAGGACAAAAAGAAAAUUGACAAGACCUUACACGACUACGAGGAAGUCAUUACAGAGAUUCAGGCCUGCCUGAAGGUCAUCAGUGAUGGAAUGGAGCAGCUGAGGCAGCAUGGUUUGUCUACCCUGAUUGGAACCAAGAUGGAUUCAGCGAGGCUUACCAAGGUGGUGGAGCUGGCUGUCAAAGGAGGGGCAAGCGCCUCGGCCUUGGAGGCAAACAGUAAAGCAUCUGGACUGAUAAAAGGCUUCGCCCUCGGGAUGGAUUCCUUCUACAUCCAAGGAAAAGAUGGGCCAAAGGUGAAGAAGGGCCUUGAGUCAAAGUUUGCAAAGAAAAUCCGCAGUUUGGCAGAGGAUCUCGAGACUGGAUUGGAUGAGCUCAUCAAAAUGAAAGACAUGUUCAGAGAGCAUUGUUCAGGAGUGUGAUAUUUUUUUCUUUGCUUGAAGAUUUCUUGUCUGAUUUUAUGCAUUUAGUUGUUACUGCAGACUUUGGUUUGACAUGGGGUAUUUCUACAGGUGUGGGAAUUGGUGAAAGCAUGUUUUUUUUGCAGCUUUAGUGCUUUUAGAUUUAACAGUUUACUUUGAAUGAAUGUAAUAAUUAUGAAUACAGUGUGUAACUGAUUGUGUUUACCUACAAUAUUUGAACCUCUUCGUCACAUUGCAUAAUGCUUGUGUCAAGAUACUUUCCUAAUUAAAAUAAUGGAUCUAGUAAAAUGUCAUAUCAAUUCACACUCUGUUAAUCAUGUCUUCAUCUGCAAGUCUGAAAAUAAACCACUUAAGAGCUGAAUUCCACCAACA